AUGACAACUUCAAUGAGACACACUUUCACACUUAAGUACAAGGAACCUAAGUUGGACGGUCUGAAGGGUUUGAUUUCUGAUUUGACUCUCAGCAGACGUGAUGAGUUCGGAAAAAACUAUGGGAAAAUUUUGAGCCUUCUAACUAAGAAAGUUGACUAUGGAAUUAUCGGCUCUUUGGCACAAUAUUAUGAUCCACCUCUACGCUGUUUCACAUUCGCUAAUUUCCAGCUAGCUGCUACUUUGGAAGAAGUCGAGAGGAUCGUGGGUCUCAAGUUGAAAGAUUUUAAUCCGUUUCCAAAGCUCGAAGAAGAUAUGGGCCCAAAGAAGAUAGCUUCGGCCCUAAGUAUCAAUGUCCCGACUGUUCGAGACAAUUGGGCUGAAAAAGGGGGUUGCAAAGGUUUUGCCGCGAUGUUUUUGGAGGAUUUAGCUCUAAAGUUCAAGAAAAGUGGAAAUUGGAAUGCAUUCUAUGUUGUGGUGGCUUUAUUGAUCUAUGGGAUUGUGCUAUUCCCAAAUGUUGAAAAAUUUGUGGAUCAAGUGGCCAUAGAAGUCUUUCUCUCUGGCAAUCCAGUACCAUUUCUCUUAGCUGACAUUUACUAUGACCUUCACGCUCGACAUGAAAAGAGGGGUGGAACUUUGUUGUGUUGUGCUCCUUUGCUUUACACUUGGUUCAUGCAACACAUGCCCGAAGAAGAGUGGAAAAAUGGAUACUUUAAUGUUGUGUAUAUAAGUGAGAGCUGGCCUAUGUUGGCACAUGAUGUGAUAGGGAUUAUACCCCGCUGUGGUGAGCAGUAUAAGUAUUAG